AUGCCUCCUCACCAGAUUCAUCAGUUUGACGAGAUCCAAUGGGUGAGCAGGAUCCGGCGAGUUCUCGAGGAGGAGCUCGAGAGCGACGAUGAUGACCGUCCUGCCUCCAUCUCUGACGUUCCAAAGGCGUUGCUCUGCAGCAAACCGGAUGCCUACAUUCCUCAAAUCCUCGCGUUGGGUCCUUACCACCGUCAUCGCGAGGAACUUCAUGAUAUGGAGCGAUACAAGCUUGCCGCAGCGAGAAGAAUGCAGAGCCGGCUACCAGGUGUUAAGUUCCUGGACGUCGUCGCUCUGUUCAUCAAGCUCGAGCUUCCAAUUCGCGCUCAUUAUCACAGGUACCUCAAGUUCAAUGGGGAGACUUUGGCAUGGAUGAUGGCAUUAGACAUGUCUUUCUUGCUUGAAUUCCUCCAAAUCAUUGCCACCAGCAAAGGCAAGAUGGUGGGGAGAGCUCCUUCACGAAUGUCUCACUUGGUGGGCUUAGAUCGGAGGACAUCUGCAUACAACAUGCUACUCUGCGAUGCUCUGAUGUUAGAGAAUCAAAUCCCGCUCUUCUUGCUACAGAAGGCCUUGGAGAUGCAGUGUUCGUCGUCACAAAUCGCUGCUCAGAUUUCUUCUUCCAUGCUGAUCGGGUUCUUGAUCGAAGUUUCUCCAUUCAAGACGUUAGACAUCUCCCCAUGGAUCGAUGCCGGACAACACGCCCACCUGCUUGAGCUCCUUUAUCAUGCGGUUGCACCAAAUCCAGAAGAGCUUUUCGAGACCGUCGAAGGAGACGAAGAAACCGAACAAGAGCCCCAGGCUUCCGUCAGAAUAAGAUUCUUCCUCGAAACAAUCGCAGCCUUCAUCUUCAACCGAGGUAGAGCCUUAGUCUCAGCAGUAGUAAAAUUUUUGGUGACGAUCCCAUGGAGAACGAUCAAGAGCAUUCCAGCAGUGUCAAUCAUCGCACACCCAGUCGAGCAACUCCUCUCCUCCCAAAAGGAUCAAAAUUCCGAACCAGCUCGUGGAAUCUCAACCCAUGACAGAAGCACAACGCCAUUGCUGGAAGAGAUCGCAAUUCCUUCUGUGACCGAACUAACAAAAGCAGGCGUAAAAUUCUCUGCCAUGAACGGGGACAUAUCGGCUAUCGAGUUCGACGCCAAGACUGCAACGCUUCAUCUGCCAACCAUCAGCCUGGACGUAAACGCUGAAGUAGUAUUGAGAAACCUGGUGGCGUACGAGGCGUCGAUCGGGUCUCGACCACUGAUAUUCUCGAGGUACGUUGAGCUGAUGAAUGGAAUCAUAGACACGGCAGAGGAUGCCAAGCUGUUGAGGGAGGCGGGAGUGGUGCUAAACCAUUUGAAGAGCGACGAGGAAGUGGCGGAGCUGUGGAACAGCAUGACCAGAUCGGUGAGGCUCACCAGGGUUCCAGCUUUGGACAGGGUGAUCGAAGAGGUGAAUAGCUAUCACAGCAGUAGAUGGAGAGUGAGGACGAGGAGGUUCAUGAAGAAUUAUGUGGCUGCUUCCUGGGAGUGUCUCGUGUUGUUAGCUGUUCUUUUGCUCUUCUUCAUCGUAAGCGUUCAAGCUUUCUGCGUGCUGUAUGGAUGCGGUGUGCAAGACUCGAGCAGGGAGAACACGGCUAUGAUAAGACACAGUCAACCAGUGCCUUGA